CGUCAAGCAAUUUUGCAAACUCAAAACCAAAACAAAUGGUGGAAAUUUACACAUUAAUCCCUUUAUUGUUUACGUUUUAAUGUGAUACUUCGAUAAAUAAUUAAAAUGGGUACAGAUAGAAAAGUAAUAAGUGUAAAAUUUAAUCAAGAUCAAGGCUGCUUUACAUGCUGCAUGGAAAGUGGUAUAAGGAUCUACAAUGUAGAGCCACUAGUUGAAAAGGCUCAUUAUGAUAUAGAAACUGUGGGAAGUGUUUCUCAAUGUGAAAUGCUGUUUCGCACAAAUCUACUAGCUGUAGUCUCAGGUGGAUCACGUCCCAAAUUUGCUGACAACGUCCUUUUGAUCUAUGAUGAUUUUUUGAAGAAAUUUAUAUUAGAUAUUACAUUUCCAUCAUCAAUAAGAGCUGUGAGAAUGAGAAGAGAUAAAUUAGUGGUAGCUCUUUUAAAUCAAAUACAUGUGUUUUCAUAUCCCACUCCUACCCAGAGAUUGUUUACAUUAGAGACUAGGGAAAAUUAUAGAGGGUUGUGUGAAGUCAGUCCUUUGGCUUCUGCUGAAAAGCAAUUAUUGGUAUUUCCAGGACACAAAAUUGGAAGUGUCCAAUUAGUUGACCUAUCCUGCACAGAAAUGGGGGUGUCAAGUGCUCCUGUUUGGAUCCAAGCCCAUAAAAGUGAAGUAGGAUGUUUAGCCUUGAAUCAACAAGGUACAAGAUUAGCAACUGCAUCUUAUCAGGGAACUCUCAUCAGAGUUUGGGAUACCACAAGCAAAAAUUUGUUAGUGGAACUGAGGCGUGGGUCAGAUCCAGCCACAGUGUAUUGUAUCAAUUUCAGUAGGGAUUCUGAUUAUUUGUGUUGUUCAAGUGAUAAAGGAACAGUACAUAUAUUUGCAAUUAAAAAUACAAAUCUAAAUAGGAGAAUAAGCAUACCUAGUGGAAUUCUAGGAAAAUAUGGAGAAUCCCAAUGGGCACUGGCCAACUUCAUAGUACCUCCUGAAUGUGCCUGUAUUUGUGCAUUUGGUGCAAACAGUUCUGUCAUUGCUGUGUGUAUAGAUGGAACCUUUCACAAAUAUGUAUUCACAGCUGAUGGAAACUGCAAUAGAGAAGCUUUUGAUGUGUAUCUGGAUGUCUGUGAUGAUGAUGAAGAGCAUUUUAUUUAGUUUUUACUCAUUUGAUUGGGAUUAUUUAAUUUAAGAAUCUGACAAACAUCUAGUGUUUUUAUGGUGCUAAUAACUAAAAAUGUAUUCUUUUAAUUAUAUCUAAUAAGUUUGUAAAUAAAUAUGUAAAAAAUUGAUAA